GGGACUGUGACGUCAUCGCAGUGUUGGUGUCCGGGGCGGGGCUUCUUUGUUGUUGCUGUCGUGAGGGGCGUGAGAACUUGAAGGCUGCUCUACGUCCUGUGCUCACGUUUCAAAGAAAUUCAACAACAAAAAAUAGAUAUUAUCCCCUUUAGCUUUAACAGAACAUAUUUCUUCUCGAAGCCCCUCAUCCCGUCUGUGUUCGUGGACCAUGGGGAGCUGUCUGACCGUCGGGCCAAAUAAAGCCUUGGUGGUUUCUGGCGGUUGCUGUAACUAUAACAAGAAGUCCUAUAUCAUUGGAGGAUUCACGUGGGCUUGGUGCUGUGUUACAGAUGUUCAAAGAAUAAGCCUGGAAGUUAUGACUCUCAACCCUAUAUGUGAAAGUGUGGAGACGGCGGAGGGGGUUGCUAUUACGGUCACGGGGGUGGCCCAGGUGAAAGUCAUAACGGAGCCGGACCUGCUGGCUGUGGCUUGUGAGCAGUUUCUGGGUAAAUCAGUAGAGGACAUCAAACUUGUGCUUCUGCAGACUCUGGAGGGACAUCUGCGCUCCAUUCUAGGGACAUUGACUGUGGAGCAGAUCUUCCAGGACAGAGACCAGUUUGCCAAGCUCGUGCGCGACGUUGCUGCUCCGGAUGUGGGCAGGAUGGGUAUAGAGAUUCUCAGCUUUACCAUUAAGGACGUGUUUGAUAGAGUGAACUACCUGAGCUCUCUGGGUAAGACCCAGACGGCCGCUGUGCGCAGAGAUGCAGACAUCGGCGUGGCGGAGGCGGAGAGGGACGCGGGAAUACGAGAAGCAGAAUGUAAGAAAGAGAUGAUGGAUGUGAAAUUUGUGGCUGACAUCAGGAUGGCUGACUCCAAACGAGAGCUGGAGCUGCAGAAAUUCGCUUUCAACCAAGAAAUCAACACUAAGAAAGCAGAGGCGCAGCUGGCGUACGAGCUGCAGGCAGCUAAAGAGUCCCAAAAGAUCCGGCUGGAGGAAAUUGAGAUCGAAGUUGUUCGGAGGAAGAAGCAGAUCUCCAUAGAGGAGAAGGAGAUUGACCGCACAGAGAAAGAACUCGUUGCUGUUGUGAAGAGGCCAGCCGAGGCCGAGGCCUACAAGUUGAAGCAGUUGGCUGAGGGGCAGAAGAUGAAGACGGUGCUGUUAGCACAGGCUGAGGCGGAGAAAAUCAAAAUGAUUGGUCAGGCACAGGCUGCCACCAUCGAAGCAGUGGGAAAGGCGGAGGCUGAGAAGAUGAAGCUGAAGGCGGAGGCUUACCAGCAGUAUGGAGACGCCGCAAAGACCGCCCUGGUCCUGGAAGCGCUGCCCAAGAUUGCAUCUAAAGUGGCUGCGCCUUUGGCUAAGACGAAUGAGAUCGUCAUUCUUAGUGGGGAGAGCAGUCGAGUGACGGGUGAAGUGAACCGGCUCCUGGCAGAGCUCCCCGUGUCCGUCAAUGCUCUCACUGGAGUGGACUUAACAAAGAUCCCUUUACUGCAGCAGAUGGGAGCAUCUCGCACCUGAAAACCGAGAACUCCAUGCGACAUGCGCCGUCGUGGACUGCCUUGAAUACUCUUUUUAAGUUGCUUUAUAUGUAUACUUUGUAUACAUAGAGAAAUCUGGAAACCUCUGGUGCCUUAAUUUAUACAGGACCAGAAAAUCUGCAUGGCGUGUUGUUCAUUAUUAAUAUUAAUAUUUUUGUGUUUAAAGGUAGAAAACAUUUUUAAAUGCUUGAAUAGGUCAGUGGUUUUGUUGUAAAAAGGGGAGCUGAGACCAGAAAACUGAAAAUAUGAAAUAUUCUACCAUGUGGCGCUGCUCUUUUUAUACAUAACAGCCACUCUCGUUGCUGGGUUCAGUCACAGUUACCAGCCACCACAUGAGGUGAGCAUCAAGUGAUGUGAUUUCUUUACUGGAUAUUUGCAUGAGCUCACAGUGGAACAGGUGUAACUUGAGCCAAUCCGUUCGUGUUUCUGUUCAUUGAACCACCUCUCUCUUCGGAGACAUUUAAGUUCUUUCAAUACGCAUUUGUCGUUGGUGUAAAUCUGUCUUCAUAAUGUACAUUUUUUGCAUUCAAAUGUUUUUUUUAAAGCAAAAGAGGUGCUUAAAAUCACAAACAUUUAUUUUUGUUAAUCUUAAUUUUAAUUUAAUGUUUGCAGUUUUGAGGAUUCUGUGAUUUUUCAAUUUACCGUUACAAAACCUUUUGGAAUUUGUUGUUUUUACGGGUUAAAAAAACGGGUAGCAGACACUGAUCUUGUGAUGAUGUGAGUUUUUUUUUAGUGUAGUUUAGCAUUUGAAGUGAGUUUUAAUUUUUACUUUUUAACUAUGACUUUAGUUGAAACUAGGAGAUAAAGUCAGAGAGACCAGACUGAGAUGGUUUGGACAUGUUCAGAGGAGAGACAGUGAAUAUAUUGGUAGAAGGAUGCUGAGUCUAGAGCUGCCAGGAAAGGGGUCUAGAGGAAGACCAAAG